GCAAAUUCAGUGUGGAUCAAAAUGGCCAAAGGAUGACAACAUACGGCUCUCAAUUUAAGGAGAGAGUCGAUAUUUUGAAGAGAAUCGAGGGAAAAUGUCUCAUAUCCAGUAUGUGGACGAACUGGUCAAAGAAUACUUGCUCUUCAGAGGUUUCAGCCAAACCUUGAAAACUUUCGAUAACGACUUAAAAGCUGAGAAAGAGAAAGGCUUCAGGGUUGACAAAAUUGUUGAUCAGCUGAUGCAGUAUGUGUACAGUUAUGACUUGACAUCCUUGAGGGAACUAUGGGGACAUUUAGACACAAGAAUGUUUUCUCGAUUGGAAAGUCACUUUGCUCCAGCUGUCCGUAAACUAGAGAAUGCUGUUUUGAAGAUGUAUUUGGUAAAUGCAGCCUUGAACAACAAGCAGGAUCGGAUUCAAGAGUUUUUCACAAAAAUGACACCCGAAUUGCAAGGGCAUUCAGAAUGGAAGGAAUGGUUUGCAUUGCCAUUUGUUAAAAAUCCUGAAGACAAUCCAGCGUACUCUGUACACUUUAGUAGACAGUGGCAGGACACUAUGUUACUGUCUCUACACAAUUUCCUUGCUACUAUUUUUCAAUGCAUGCCACUACCAACACUGCUCACGAUAGACGAGGAUACAAACAAGUUAAAACGAUUGCAAGAAGAGAACGAAGUGCUGAGACAGCGUUUAAGCGACUCCAUUAAAAUAGAUAAUGUAAUGGAUGUAAAUCCAGGACCAGCUCCUCAACAUCCACCGAUUAUGGAUGAUUUUUAUAUUAUAGCACAAGAAUCUCCCUUAUUAGAAAACCCCAAAACCCUAAGGAACCUUAUAAGAAAUAUAGGCGGUGGUUCUAGUCCAAUUUUAAACAGAAAGUCCGCAACAAACGUAAAAAAAAUCGCAGAACCUGAAAUGGCGUCAUCUUCGAAGAGAACGAACACGAAAGGAAAAUUAAGUUCCAUCAGUAAGUCCGAAACUGUUAGCAAAAGAAGCAUUAGCUGUGAUUCAAGAUUAACUAGCUCUAGGAAAAGGGAUUCGUCUAUCGACGCGGUGGCUGAACGCAAAGCCAAAGAUAAGAUCGAUUCCACUUACAUUCUCCUCAGCCAGGAAGAGUACACGGAGCAUAAAACAUCGAUAAUACAAUGUAAAAGUAAUGCAAGCGGUUCGUACGUCGCUACAGGCGAUGCAGAUGGCAUCAUCAAAGUGUGGACUCCGAUACCAUCGCCAAAGACUGUUACUACAUACAACUCUGCCACAGCAAACUCAAACAAAGCCAUAACAGCAUUAGAUUGGAUAUCGAAAAAUGAACGUUAUUUUUUGCACGGUGACAACAAUGGCUUGAUUCAGUUACACGAUACCCGCGAUUGUAAAACUCUGUGGGAUAUUCAACACGAAAACUCUCGUAUCAUUACUUUGCUCUGUAACCCUGCAGAAUCCACGUUCGUGUGUUCCGUAUCAGACUCGAACGAAGGGAGACUGCUAUUGUACGAUAUAAAAACGAGAAAAUUGGAAAGAACAUUGCCAAUGGAGCAGAACGUAACUGCUCUGUGUUCCGCUUUUAAUCACAAUGGACAACUGCUUAUUACCGGAUUAAGUAAUGGGAAUAUUUUAAUACACGACUUGAGACGGAACGAAAUUAUUGAUAAUAUCAGUUGUCACUCGAGUCCAGUGAUCGAUAUAGAACUCAUCAAUGAUUACACGAACAUUUGCACGCAAAGCGAAGACGGGAAACUGUGUCAGAGGAGUUUGAAUCAUUCUGGGAAGAUUUUAUGGGAAACAAAGAUUAAAGUGGAGAAAAAUACUGUCCAUGGAAAAUUGUUCACUUUCGACCAAAGCGGCAAUUACAUGCUGCUCUGUACACAAACUGGAGGAAACAUAUACAAAAUGCCACCUGGCACGCAGGCGAAAGUCUUAGAAUUAGGGGGACACAAAGGUACGCUGUGUUGCGACUGGUCUACUGCCAAUCAAUCUGGGACUUGUAUAACGGGUGGCGCUGAAGGGAAAGUACGAGUAUCCACGUUGCUUUCACCAUGAUAC